CCACUACAGUUAGUAUUUUCUUUCAUUAGCUCGGUGUUCAAACGUUUGAACUAUCAAUCAGUGCUCAUUUGUGAACUAGUACUUGUUCCUUAAAAAUCAUACAAAAACGUAGUGCAAAGUUUCCUUUCAAGAUGUCUUCAGGUCAAGAAAUUCAUAAGUAUCUAAAAUUGAAUAAAAUUGGACAAGGCUCCUUGGCCGAAGUUUUCAUGGCCAAAGAUAGGAUUAUAAAAAAAUUAUUCGCUAUGAAGCUAUCCAUACAAAGUAAUAUUGAAGAAUCAAACAAGCUAGUUGUGAUCAGAGAAGCAAAGAUCCUGAAAACACUGAACCAUCAGAACAUCAUCAAGCUUCUGGAUUACAGUGACUCCGCUGAACAAUCAAUAGUUCUAAGUCGCCAUCCGUCAUCUGUUUUAUCAAUCAUUGAAUUCUGCCCGUGCAGCCUUUCACAAUUGAUUGUUCACCCGGAAUUCCAGUUUGAAGUAACGGAAAUAAAAACUAUUGUGUGGCAGUUGAUAUUGGGGCUGAAUUACAUACACGAAAAGAAAAUCUUCCACACAGAUCUUCGACCAUCUAACAUUUUGAUGAAUAGUAAAGGGGUUGUCAAGCUUUCUGAUUUUGGGUUAGCGACUUAUCUGAAUUCAACCCCGAUGAAACAAGAUUGGACCUUCCUUUCACCUGCUAUGUGGUACGCUCCUCCUGAGGAACUUCUUGGAAAAGGAAAUUACAAAGUUCCAGAAGACACGUGGCGACUAGGGUGCAUUAUUCCCGAAAUGUGGAGGAAGAAGCCGAUCAUGGAAGGCUGGAACAGAAUUGAUCAACUGGUCCGGAUUUUUGAGCUAUGUGGAUCUAUGCAUCUCGCAUCGUGGCCGGAAGUGGUAAACUAUGAGUUUUUUGACAGAAACGUUUUACCUCUGAACUGCAGGAGAAACAUCUUGCCACACCUUGGGCCUAUAAUUAAUGAUGAGGAGAUCCUUGAAAUGAUCGACGAGAUGUUAGUAAUCAGUCCACAUUUUCGUCGACCUUUAAGGAAGACGCUAGACUGGCUUCAUUUUAUAAGUAGAGUCGAUUAUCAGCCUUGGGUUCUCCGACCGAUGCUGGAGAGAUAUUCGAAUUGUACCGGAGUAGACUUCCCGCGUCUGGACUUAUUGGAUGAUGAUCAUUGAAGGACAAUUCAUGUUGGUUGACAAAGUUUUGUGGUGAUUAAUAAUUCUUGUGUAAAUUUUUUGACAACUUUUAAUAGCAAAAGGUUUUAUUGAUAAAUUUUGAUUUUUUUUAAAUUGUAAUAAAUGUCUGAUUUUUAAAUGAAAAAUUAUGUGUUUUUUUUAUUAAGUGCUACUUAAUUAGAGGUGGUGGUUUUAUUUAAAUUGUUUUUGGUAAUGUAUAAGAAAAAAAAAAGAGAGCAGUUGAUAGAAAAUUAGUUCGUGUUGGAGAAAUUUCCGUAGGUAUCCCGGAAGUACGACUUAAUAGACUGUCGUUCUAAUUUAUAGAACACGACCGAGCGGUGCUGAAGUCGACAUGAAUUAUGGAUCCAAUUAACAGAAAAUGUUACCACGCCGACGAUAGUAAAUCGGGGGAUUAAAUUUGUUGAAACAAACAUUUCGGAUUAUUAUUUUAGUUUUUAUUCCGUGUCUCUGGCGAUUUUCGAGAAGAUUUUU